AGUACUGAGAGAGGAGGGCCGGACCCGCUGAGUGGAAAGUAGAGCGGCACUGGGACAAACUUCAGGCUCCCUUUCUCCCUUCCGCGCGUUCGGAUGGAACACGUUUUUCUUGUAUCUGGGAAGCCAAGUGGGGAGAAAGUCUCGGCCUGUGAAGUUCUGGGGAACCAAGCGGUCCGCCCGAACCGGAACCAAAAAGGCGUUAACUCCAGUCUAGCUACUGCGAGGGUAGAGCGACUCCCGGCGAGCUUGAGGCCCUCAAGUCUCCCGGCGCCAGGAUCCCGGCGUCAACGGGCCGCCCUCCGGAAGUGGCUCCCGGAAAAGAACACGUAGCCGAGAGCGUCACGGGUCGCGAAAGUCUUGGCUGCCUCUGGGGAGCCAUGAUGAGAGCCGUAGGGGGAAAUGGAGCUCAAUGUGCCGUGCGUUACUGACAGACGUACAAACGUCUCCCAAACGCCACACGUUCCUGAGGGGUAGCUGUACCGUACAAGGGUCCUACUGAGUUAUCGCGCCCGGAGGCUCUCGGGUAGUGUGCGCGCGCACUAGGACGGAGGGCGAGCGCGGCCCGCCGCGGCCUCCGUAACCAUGGCUGCGGUGGGGCGGGGCCUGCGCGGCCAGUCAGCGGCCGGGGGGGGCGGGGUCCAGAGAGUCGGUCCUCCACGGUCCCAGCCCGCCCCGCGCCCGCAUUUCGCCUCCCCUCCCCCCUCCCCUCUGCACGCUGCGCGGCUGCUCGUUGGCUACUUAGGACGGAAGCUCGGUGGGUGAUUCUCCAGAAGUUUCCCCCUUGGGCGGCGGCGGUGGCGGCGGCGCUGGUAACCCCGGGAAGAGCAGCUCCGGCAGCGGGAACCGUGACGAUUAGAGAUGGCGGCGGCGGCGGCGGGUCCUGCGGCUGCCGCGAGGUUGUUCCGGAGCUUCUCAGAUGCCCUCAUCGAGCAGGACCCCCAGGCGGCGUUAGAGGAGCUGACUAAGGCUUUGGAGCAGAAACCAGAUGAUGCACAGUAUUACUGUCAAAGAGCUUAUUGUCACAUUCUUCUUGGAAAUUACAGUGAUGCUGUUGCUGACGCAAAAAAAUCCCUUGAACUUAAUCCAAAUAGUUCCACUGCUCUGCUGAGAAAGGGGAUAUGUGAAUACCAUGAAAAAAACUAUGCUGCUGCUCUAGAAACUUUUACAGAAGGACAGAAAUUAAAUAGUGCAGAUGCUGAUUUCCUUGCUUGGAUUAAAAGGUGUCAAGAAGCUCAGAAUGGAUCACAGCCUGAGGUGUCUGCAUCCCAGAGGACUCAUCAGUCAAAAAUCAAGUAUGACUGGUAUCAAACAGAAUCUCAAGUAAUCAUUACACUUAUGAUCAAGAAUGUUCAGAAGAAUGAUGUAAAUGUGGAAUUUUCAGAAAAAGAGUUGUCUGCUUUGGUGAAACUUCCUUCUGGAGAGGAUUACAGUUUGAAACUGAGACUUCUUCAUCCUAUAAUACCAGAGCAGAGCAUGUUUAAAGUACUUUCAACAAAGAUUGAAAUUAAAAUGAAAAAGCCAGAGGCUGUCAGAUGGGAAAAGCUAGAGGGGCAAGGAGAUGUGCCUAACCCCAAACCAUUCAUAGCAGAUGUAAAAAACCUAUAUCCAUCAUCAUCUCAUUAUACAAGAAAUUGGGAUAAAUUGGUUGGUGAGAUCAAAGAAGAAGAAAAGAAUGAGAAGUUGGAGGGAGAUGCAGCUUUAAACAAAUUAUUUCAGCAGAUCUAUUCAGAUGGCUCUGAUGAAGUGAAACGUGCCAUGAACAAAUCAUUUAUGGAGUCUGGUGGUACAGUUUUGAGUACCAACUGGUCUGAUGUAGGUAAAAGGAAAGUUGAAAUCAAUCCUCCUGAUGAUAUGGAAUGGAAAAAGUACUAAAUAAAUUAAUUUGUUACCACUGUAUUGCGUAUAUUCACCUAA